GUUUUGAAUCAUGGCUCAAUUAUUUUCAGACCUCGAACAGGACAUCAAAGGAAAGAUUGUCACCGCAUCUGAUGAAUUUGCCUACGAAAACGAGGUGAACAAAUCUUGGAAUGCAGUUAACAGGAAUAGACGUCCGUUGGCCUUUGUCAAAGUCAAAGGAAAAGAAGAUGUGAAAAAGAUUGUAAGAUUUUGCGCAAAACACGAGCUUGAAGUCUGUGUAUAUAAUGGAGGAACAAGUGCUUUCUGCAUGAAAGAUGAAGCUGUUGUAAUAGACUUGUCAACAAUGUGCAAUGUCCAAGUGGAUGCAGAAAAUAAGACUGCAAUUAUUGAAGGAGGUGCAAAAGUGGCUGAUGUAAAUGAAGCAUUAGGCAGGCAUGACUUUGUCAUACCACUUGGAAGCUUUUCGCAACUGGGCGUGGCUGGUAUGACUCUUAAUACAGGAGGACAGGGUUUCCUGUCUAAACGUUUUGGGAUGACAUGUGAUAAUGUCUUAGAAUUUGACCUUGUGCUUGCCAGUGGAGAGUUGAUUAAGGUCAGCGCAGAUGAACAUCCAGAGCUUUUCUGGGGGAUGAAAGGCCAUGGGUCAAGUUUUGGGAUUGUUACAUCCAUGAAAUUYCAGCUCAAUGUCAUGUCCAGUCAAGUGGUUGCAGGCUCCAUGUACUUCCCAUUUUCUCGGGCAAAAGAUGUAGUUAAGAUGUCCCGUGAUUAUUCUGUUGAAGCAGAUGACAAUUGUCUUUCUUUUUAUAUGUUGAUUCACAUUGGGCCAACAGGCCCUGAGAUGAUAGUCAGGGUGCAUUACUCUGGAACUCUUCGACGAGGAGGUGAAAUUGUACAAGAUCUUGUUGACCUUACUCACCCCUACAAGUUUAGUUGUGGACCUGUCAAUCACUGCGACUUUCAAAAACAAGGAGAUCUUCUGCUGCCAAGUGGAAGAUUCAACUAUAAUGUUCCAGGUCAUAUCCUUUCAGAGCUAAAAGAUGUCAUAAUAGAUAACAUUUUCAGCUGUGUUGAAGACAUUGGAACUGACCACUUUCUGGCUGGUACCAUUGUUUACAUGGCUGAGAACUUUGGUGGAAAAGACUGUGAAGUUGGAUAUGAAGAGAGCUCAUUUCCAUUUCGAAAUAAUGCCAGAUACUGGAUUGGAAUUAAUGCAUCGACUAAGAAAGAAGAAAACUUUGAAGCUGUGAAGGACUGGGGCAACCACUUCCAGGACAUUAAUUCAGAGUAUGGAAUUCCACCUUUUGAUGGAGGAGAUGCAGAACAGAUUAUGGACAAAGUGAAGAGACUUAAACAACAAUACGACCCAAAUAACAUGUUCCACAAUAAUUUUGUCGCAAUAGAUGAUUCAGAAUAAAUUGGUGUUUUGCAAACUUGGA